AUGGACCACGACUUUGAGAUGCAGCCGCAUGGGGCCCCCGGCCCCGGAAACUCCUUCUCCCACAGCCACCUGCUGGGCCGCCCAGCCCGCCCCUCGAAGCUCCCCGGUGGGGUGUCGCCUCUCAUCCCUGUUCUCAGGAAGACCUUCCAUCUGGAUGCUUUUCCUCCGAGCCACAUCCCGCAGGCUUCCAGCCGGUCGGGCCUCGGGGUGAGGGCCUGGAGCGUGUCCUCCCAGGAGACUGGCAAGAGCCUGGCAUCCAGGAAGUUCAGCUCCAUCUCCUUAACAGUCCAUCCGCACAGACAGGCACGGCCCCUGGGCCCCCUACCUUCUCACUGGGAAGAGCUGUCCAGCCCGGGCAAGGAGGCGGCCACCCACGGAGGAGGGAGGCUGCCCACAGUUGGUUCGUCAUCGGUGACCCUAGUGCCAGGGGACAGGGUCCACUCUGAGGGCCCAGGGAACCCAGGUCUGGCCAAACCCAGCAGGAUGCCCACAGUGGAGAAGCCCCUGGUGAGUUCAUAUCUGACUCUACCGUUCCAGUCCCGCUUAGCUCCGAGUCCACCAGGUCCUGCGGGGCUGGGCUCAGUGGGUCCAAGGCACCCCGUCCCAGUGACUGCACACGUGCCUGCCAGAGCUUCUCCAGGAAGAGGCAAGCCCCGGUGCAGGGGUAUUCCAAGACCCCGGCUGCAUCUCCAAAGGGCCUCCCCUACCUCGGGGCCCACGAUGGCCAUGGACUUGGCUGCUCUGGAUAAGAGGCCAGGCACAGCCAGCCGUUUAUCCACAAGGGCCACCAACAGACCCGGUUUGACUGUCAACUUGGCUACACCAAAUCCAUCCAGACUGGACACAGGCAUUGAGUCCCCUGAUCUGGAUACCAAUCUGGGAUCUGCUAUGGAUGUGGCUGCAGCAAGCACGACCAAGCCUGGAGGGGGCAUGGACUCGGUAACCCCAGACCCAGACAAGGUGGGCAAAGCCAUAGCUACAGCAGGCACAGCCAAGCCAGAAACAACCACAGGGGGUGCAGCCAUGGAACGGGCAGCCCCAGAUCCAGUCAGGCUGGGCACAGCCAGGCCGGACACAGUCAUGCUGGCGAACACAGCCAAGCUGGGUGUGACUACGAAUUCUCCAGCUCUGGAUACAAGCAGGUUGGUCAUAGCCAUGGGUCCAGCUGUGCCAGUCGCCCCAGACCCGGCCGCUGGCGAGACCACACUGGACAGUGUCAUUAACCUGAUGACACCAGACGUUGCCGCCCACCCAUCAGUGCUGAGCCAAAGCACAGACACAGCCCUGGGCCACCCUACAGCAGAUGCUGCCACGGACUGGGCCACAGAGCUGGACCGGGCCAGAGAAACCAAAGGGCUCCCAGAGACCAGGACGGACGCAGCCAUGUCAGAGCUGGUGCCUGAGCCCAGGCCUAAGCCGGCAGUGCCCAUGAAGCCCGUCGGCAUCAACCCCAACCUGCUGGGCUACAUCGGCAUCGACACCAUCAUCGAGCAGAUGCGCAAGAAGACCAUGAAGACCGGCUUUGACUUCAACAUCAUGGUGGUCGGUCAGAGUGGACUGGGCAAGUCAACACUGGUCAACACCCUCUUCAAAUCCCAAGUGAGCCGCAAGGCCUCCAGCUGGAACCGGGAGGAGAAGAUUCCCAAGACGGUGGAAAUCAAAGCUAUUGGGCAUGUGAUCGAGGAAGGUGGUGUCAAGAUGAAGCUGACUGUCAUUGACACCCCAGGCUUUGGAGACCAGAUCAACAAUGAAAACUGCUGGGAGCCCAUUGAGAAGUACAUCAAUGAGCAGUACGAGAAGUUCCUGAAGGAGGAGGUGAACAUCGCCAGGAAGAAACGCAUCCCUGACACUCGCGUCCACUGCUGCCUCUACUUCAUCUCCCCGACCGGACACUCCUUGCGACCUCUCGACCUGGAGUUCAUGAAACACCUCAGCAAAGUUGUGAACAUCAUCCCCGUCAUUGCUAAGGCUGACACCAUGACCCUGGAGGAGAAGUCUGAAUUCAAGCAAAGGGUUCGAAAGGAGCUUGAAGUGAAUGGCAUUGAAUUCUACCCACAGAAGGAAUUUGAUGAGGAUUUGGAGGACAAGACAGAGAAUGACAAAAUCCGGCAGGAGAGCAUGCCUUUCGCUGUGGUGGGAAGUGACAAGGAGUACCAAGUGAAUGGCAAGCGGGUCCUUGGCAGAAAAACUCCCUGGGGCAUCAUUGAAGUGGAAAACCUCAACCACUGUGAGUUUGCCCUGCUUCGAGACUUUGUCAUCAGGACCCACCUCCAGGACCUCAAGGAAGUAACACACAACAUCCACUACGAGACCUACAGGGCCAAGCGUCUUAAUGACAAUGGAGGCCUCCCUCCGGGAGAAGGCCUCCUGGGCACUGUCCUUCCACCCGUGCCAGCCACCCCCUGCCCCACUGCCGAAUGAAGGCCAUUUCAAGCGCCGCUCCUCCCUCCAUUCCUCUCAGCUCUUCUUGCUGCAGGGCCAUGCGCUCUUUAGUGCUGUGCGUGCGUGUCGGGCCCACCACCACAGCCCCUCUCAGCCCUCAGCAGAUGGGAGGGGCCAGCUGCCUCUUUAGGACAGUUGCUGCUUCCAUUUAUCCACACCACCCCUCUCCUCCCAGUUGGAAUGGAGUUCCCGCCAGCAUUGCCCUCCUCCAUCGUCUGUGUCAGCCGGUCCUAGCCCAUCUGUAGGGUGAAAGAACUCACCAAGAGCUUCUUCUGCCCUUGCAAACCCAUAUCAGCUACUUGUAACCAUCUCCAAGGGAUAUGGCGUUGCUCCCUGUCCGUUCAUCUGCAUGAGCUGCUCUUGACUUCCUUAAAGGGUCAAGAAAGCAACUUUUCUGCUUGUCGGAUUUGUUGACGUCAGCUGUGUGAGCCCCAACGUGGGACAAGGGUGUCUCCUUCAUUGCUUAAAGCUUAUUUGUAAGGAUGGGUCACUCCAGAUGUGGGGGAGCAAGGGCUAGGAUCACUUUUUUAAAAAAAAUCACCGCUGGUGACUGGCCCAGAGUGCAGCCACAUACCCUCCCUACCCCACAUAGCAGCCAUUUAGGAAUGGUGGUUUUCCUGAAGAGACAUUCCUGGAGUUGACUUCCUUAUCCUUAUAUUUUAAAUAAGAACUAAACACACAUACCGAAUUCCAGAAGCUCACGAAAUGUGAACUCUAGGAAGAAAAAAAGCACCCUUCUGUCCACUUAGCAAUAAGAGGGAAUCUUUUCCCACCUACCCUGGCUACUCCUACACCCCACCCCUCCCCUACUCCAUUAAUGUGAGUAAUGAAUUAGCCUGGCCACAGUCGGUUACUGUAGGCUAGUGGAAAAUCCCCAGUGGAAGGCAAAGCCCUCCUAUCAGAUGCAUGAAUGUUUGCGAAUGUCGGCUGCCACUGCCCACCCCUGCACUGUGUCUUUAUGGACUACCCCUUGCCCACUGCCCAACCACUUCCACCUGGACACAACUUGCUCAAAGGCUGGUGACUUGUGGGCCAUUCAUCUACAACCAAGUCCUGAUGGAGCAAGAGGCCCAAGCCUAGGGGAUGCAAGAA